GUUUGGGGAAGAGAAAGUUCACAGAGGAUGUGAAAGUCAUGUUUUGGAAUAUUUGCAAAAAUGCCAUAUUGAGGAGGAAGCCAGCUGGCUUUCUGACCAGGACACGUGAAGGAAUUCCACCUCAACAUUAGCAAAAACUUCCUGAUGGUAAGAGCUGUUUAACAGUGGGCUCCACUGCCUUGGAGUGCUUUGGGUUUGUUUGUUUUUUUUAACAGAGGCUAGAUGACCAUCUAUUGGGAGGGCUUGGGUUGUGUUUGCCUUCACAGAUGGUCCUGGGAGUCAUUUCCAGUUAUGAAUAUUAUCAGAGCGGAAGCACUUGGUAGCGUAGUUUUGUUCCACACUUUUAUACCUCAUGUUCAUCAAUAGUUUGGAUACAUGCUAUUUUUGGACAAGAAUCCCCAGGAGGCUGGAGGAUUCUGGAAAUUGCAGUUCAAAAAAAGGAUUGUUUUUGCUGUAUUCGCUUUCUGCAAAAAGGGAUUCAAAUGCCAAAGUAAGAACACAGAGGCUACAGCUGAUAAUAGGAGCCAACACUUUCCCUUUGUACACACAUACGCUUAUCUGUCAGAAUCAGAAGGGUUUGAUGUGGUUGACCUCCUCCCUCAAUUGAAAUGAAACUACUGAAAAAGUUUGGUUCCAGCUUCAUUCUUUUCAGAGCAAACACGUUGGGACUCAAAGAGAGGAGAGCGACAUAUUUGUCUGUGUGUGUGUGUGUUAUUCAUGUGAAAAAUGUUGCCUUCCGGUCCUGCAAAGCUGUUUCCGUGGCUCAAUGCAGCACAUUUCCGAAAAUCGCAAGCCUACAAUCCUGACCUAAGCAAACAGUGUCAGGGUGGUUUUAAGUCCAAAAACGGUCCCAUUUGUUCUAGUUGUGGGACUGAGCGCUCUAUCGAGUAUUUUGGAGAUGAGGGGAAUUUUCCGGACUCUCCAAGUUAUGACCUAGAAGAUGAUACAUAAACACAUCAUCCACUGACAAGAGUUUUCCGAACUGCCACCUUGGAUGAAGCUAGAUUUUUUUGGAGCAACUGAGGAUGGCGAAAGCGACAAAUGGGAGAAGAUAGAAGAGAGUUGCUUCUAGCCAUUUUGAGGCUCCUUUGAGGAGAGAAAGAGCCAGAGGGAUGCCUUGGGUGUUUUGAUGCCUGUCAUGUCCAGUUGGAAGCAUCUUGUCAUAGGCUUUGUUCUUGGUGCAGUCACAAUCAACAUCUACAUUCCAUUCAGAAAGAGCUGUGAGUCUGUGUCCCAGAUGGAAGGGACCACAAGGCAAGCAGCAAGUGAGCCGCUAACUGCAGACACACUUAAGUGCUCCCAAAGCUUAAAGACCAAACCAGUCCCUGUUUCAGAUGGCAGCAGUAGAUGUCUUCCCCUAGAAGAUGGACUCUCAGACCAGAUCAGAAUGGGCUGGAUAAAAAAGAGGAAAGAAACCAAAGAAAUCCUGGCCAAGCUGGACCACUUGAUGCCCCAUGUUACUUUUAGUGAUAUCAACAAGACCACCAGUGCCAAGAACAGCAAGGUCACCAUCUUGAACCCAAAAGACUCUUACUGCGUUGGAGACCACUUGAUGGUGCAACUGGAUUUGUACGAUCACUCAGGAAAUAGGAAGAACUAUGGAGGAGACUUCUUGAGAGCAAGGAUCUAUUCCUCGAGCCUCAAGGCCGGAGCAUCUGGGAAUAUCAAAGACUUUGGGAACGGGACCUACCUGGUCAAUUUCACCUUAUUUUGGGAAGGAGACGUCAGAGUCUCCAUCUUGCUCAUCCAUCCCAGUGAAGGUGUUUCCGCGCUCUGGGCAGCAAGAAAGAAAGGCUAUGACAAAAUUGCUUUCACAGGUAAGUUUUUGAAUGGAACUUCUGAAUCCACCGCUGAAUGUGGAUUUAACAUGACCAGAAAUGCAGAACUGUGCGAGUUUCUCGAUGAGCGGGACCAAGAAGCCUUCUACUGCCUCAAACCAAAGCAUAUUCCGUGUGGAGCUUUAGUUCAAUUGAAAUCCUACAACAAACCCAUCUCCUAUCUCACGGACUUGGAGCGGAGUCUUUUAGAGAGGUCCAACAUUGGAGUUGAGAUCCCUCAUAGAUUUGAGGAAAUCCAUGUGCUACAAUGUGGAGGGAACCAGACCAAGGCAAGUGAGAAAUGUAAGUUUGGGAUGAGCCCCCAGUUUCCCAGUGGCUUCCUGUGGCAAAACCAGUGGUAUCCUCUCUUUUGCAACAUGUCCCCUUUCAACACUUUGGAGCAGAUCCAGACGUGCUUGAAAGGCAAGCUGGUCUAUUUCAUGGGAGACUCAACUGUGCGCCAAUGGAUGGAGAGCCUCAAGACAAGAUUGACCAGCCUUGUCUAUCUUAACAUCCAUAAUAGUGGGAAGCCACAGAAAUUCAUUGCUGUCGAUACUGCCAAGGACAUUCAGAUCCAGUGGAAAAAACACGGGCACCCUUUCAUCGGAAGCCACGAGUACUCCAUCAAGGACCACUCCUAUAUCGCUCGGGAUAUGGACACCAUCUCUGGGGACAAAGACACGGCUGUUGUUAUUUCCCUGGGCCAGCACUUCCGCCCCUUCCCCGUUGAGUUCUUCAUCCAAAGAGCCAUCAACGUCCGCCAAGCCGUCCAGCGCUUACUCCUGAGGAGCCCAAGCACCAGGGUCCUCAUCAAGGGAGAGAACACCCGGGAGAUGGACACCGACCAGGAGAGAUUUAGCGACUUCCAUGGCUACGUCCAAAACCUUGCCACAAAAGAACUUUUCCAAGAUCUCAAUGUGGGUUUCAUUGACGCAUGGGACAUGACAGUUGCGUGCAACACUCAGAAAGUUCACCCUCCGGAUUUCGUGGUUUGGAGUGCGGCCCUUCCCUUUGCCUCGGGACAAACGCCAGCUGCAACGGGGAAAAAAGCCGAGAGGGAAAUACAGUCCUGAAUGACUACAUGCCAUUUUUUGCAUACCUCUCCCUGGUCAUUGGUGGACUUUGAGAGGGAGGGAAAGCAUCGAAGAAAGAAGAGCAGAAGUAAAGGAGGAGUAAAAAGAAGACGCUUCGUCUGUCCAUAAUAGAUUGCGGCAAGUUUAGUUUCUACUGGAAAGAGCUUGGUUUCGAUUCCAUUAUGUUUUAAGUUCUUGGCAGCGGGUUGGACUACAUGGCCCAUGAGGUCUCUUCCAUCUCUAGGAUUCUGCGAUUCUAAGUCUUUAACUUGUGUUUUUAGAAACCGAACUUUGCUUUCAUUGUGUUUUAACUUUCUUCGGUUUUGAUUUGUUAGUUAGAUGGCAUUUUCAUGAAUCCUCCUGAAAUCCCACCAGAAGAAACCUGGCAUUUUACUAAAUCCUUCCAGGUCAUUUUUUUUUUUGGAUGAACUUCCAAACUUAAUGGGACUUGCUUCUGAAUAAUUGAGAGAUUCUCUAUGUCCUUUCCGAGGCUUAAUUCUUUCGGCUUCAGCCCCUGCCAUGAAAUUGCCAUCGCUCCUGGCACUUCUGCUUGUCAUGGUUGUCAUCCUCAGCUACGCCUUCCAUCGGAUCCGGAUCAAGGUAAGUGGACGAAUCCAAUGUAAUGUCAACAUUUAAUGUGGAAGCUGGACAGUGAAGAGAGCUAGCGAGAUGAGAAUCCAUUUGCAAUGUCGUUCUGGAGGUGGGAAGUUCUACCUCUACUUCGGUCUACCAAAAAAAUUGCAAAUGAAGAGACCUGGGAGCAAGUCAAAAGGGUUAAAGUGAGGAUAUUUGGACACAUCAUUGAAGAACAUGACUCCAUGAAAGGACAAUAAAGGGUAAGGCAGCAGGAAAACAAGGAGGUCAUGUUAUGGAUGGGUUGACUCCUGCUUUAGAACUAUAUUUUUGCACUUUAGUUCAAGUCGACCCUCCAUGCCAGGGGUCCUCAAACUUUUUAAGCAGAGGGCCGGUCCACAAUCCUUCAGACUGUUGAGGGGCCGAAUUAUCAUUUGGGGAAAAAAACCGAACCAAUUCCUAUGCACACUGCACAUAUCUUAUAUGUAGUACAAAGCAACAACAAUAACAAUGAAAAAACAAUACAAUAUUUAAAAAUGAAAAUAAUUUUAACCAACAUAAACCUAUGAGGAUUUCAAUAGGAAGUGUGGGCCUGCUUCUGGCAAAUGAGAUAGUCAGGUUAAUUAGGAUUGUUGUUGUUGUUGUGUGUCUUCAAGUCGUUUCAGACUUUGGGCGAGCCUAAGUCCAAAAUUACUUAUUUAUUCAUUUACUACAUUUAUUUACUACAUUUAUAUCCCACCCUUCUCACCCCGAAGGGAACUCAGAGCAGCUGUAUGUACAUACAAUAUAUUAUAUUAUUAGCAUAGCACAAUAUUGGCUUUAUACUAUAUUGAACUAUACCACUAUACUGUAAUAUUAUAUGUAAUAUAUAACAUAUAAUUAAUAUUAUUAUAUGAUAUUAUUGUUAGUAUUGUAUUGUAUAAAAUGAUAAUAUUAUUAUCAGUAUUAUAUGUAUAUACAAUAUAUUAUAUUAUUAAAACGGAUAUAAAAAUAUUAUAUUAUAAAUGAGGGCGAGGGCCAGGUAAAUUACCUUGGAGGGCCGCAUCUGGCCCCCGGGCCUUAGUUUGGGGACCCCUGCUCCAUGCUAUUUCCUCCACCAACCUGGUUGAUCCAUUAUUCUAUUUUAUUUUAAUUUGAUGUACCCAAAAACUGGCAAAGUAGUGUAAAAGACCAAUGCUGGAAAUGUGAAAAACAUGUAGGCACAUUCUUCCACAUGUGGUGGGGAUGUAAAACAGCAAAGGAGUAUUGGGGAAAAAAAUUCAUGAAAUCAUCAAAAUAAACAUUCAAUUGAGACCGGAGUACUUUUUAUUAGGAAUGAUUGACAUGAAUCUUAACAAGACUCAAGAGAGUCUAUUUAACUAUUUUGUAACAGCAGCCGGAAUAGUACAGUAGAGUCUCACUUAUCCAACACUCACUUAUCCAACGUUCUGGAUUAUCCAACGCAUUUUUGUAGUCAAUGUUUUCAAUAUAUCAUGAUAUUUUGGUGCUAAAUUCGUAAAUACAGUAAUUACUACAUAGCAUUACUGCGUAUUGAACUACUUUUUCUGUAAAAUUUGUUGUAUUACAUGAUGUUCUGGUGCUUAAUUUGUAAAAUCAUAACUUAAUUUGAUGUUUAAUAGGCUUCUCCUUAAUCUCUCCUUAUUAUCCAACAUAUUCGCUUAUCCAACAUUCUGUCGGCCCGUUUACAUUGGAUAAGUGAGACUCUACUGUAUAUGCAAAGAAGUGGAUUGGAUACAGGUGGGCACAUAUAUACAUAUGUGGUGGCAAUGUAAAUAUGUAAAUGAAUUUUGCGGGAAGGUAUUUAGAGAAAUAGAAGCUAUAAUGGAUAUGAAGAUAGGAAGAUUUGUUGUCAUUAUAUAAUGUUAAGAAUUUGG